AUGUCCUUUAAAAAUGUCCUGGAGAGGGGAGAUGAAUUUCUAGAAUCCUAUCCAAGAAGAAACCCCAUUUGGAGGUUUUUGUCAUAUAGCACAGCAUUGCUUACCUUCGGCGUAUCAAAGCUACUUCUUUUUACAUGCUACAAUGUCAAAGUAAACGAUUUUGAAAAACUAGAAGCGGCCUUAGAACGCUCAAAGAAUGAAAAUAGAGGUCUCAUGACAGUGAUGAACCAUAUGAGUAUGGUCGAUGAUCCAUUAGUUUGGGCAACACUACCGUAUAAGCUAUUUACCUCAUUAGACAAUAUAAGGUGGUCCUUAGGCGCCCAUAACAUUUGUUUCCAAAAUAAAUUUCUGGCCAACUUUUUUUCACUGGGCCAAGUACUUUCCACGGAAAGAUUUGGGGUGGGACCAUUUCAAGGUUCUAUAGAUGCUUCGGUAAGGUUGUUAAGUCCUGAUGAUACUUUAGACUUAGAAUGGACUCCUCAUUCGGAGGACUCCCGUUUUCCCAAAAAAACAGGAGAAAACUACACUCCACCAAUCAUAAGGUCAAAGCCAUCUUGGGUUCACGUUUAUCCCGAGGGUUUCGUACUACAAUUAUAUCCGCCGUUUGAAAAUUCAAUGAGGUAUUUCAAGUGGGGUAUUGCAAGGAUGAUUUUAGAGGCAACAAAGCCGCCUAUUGUUGUUCCAAUUUUUGCUACCGGAUUUGAAAAAAUAGCUUCCGAAGCGGCUUCAGAUUCUAUGCUUAGACAAAUUUUACCGAGAAAUUUUGGUUCUGAGAUAAACGUUACGAUCGGAGAUUCUUUGGAUGACAAUUUGAUUGAUGAAUACAGAAAAGAAUGGAGGCACUUGGUCGAGAAAUAUUACGAUCCCAAAAAUCCCAAUGAUUUCUCUGACGAGCUGAAAUACGGUGAGGAAGCACAAAAUUUAAGAAGCAGAUUAGCCGCUGAACUAAGAUCACAUGUUGCUGACAUUAGAAAUGAAGUUCGGAAAUUGCCGCGUGAAGACCCUAGGUUCAAGUCACCCUCAUGGUGGAAACGAUUUAACACCACAGAGGGUAAAUCCGAUCCGGACGUUAAAGUUGUUGGUGAGAAUUGGGCAAUAAGGAGAAUGCAGAAGUUUUUACCCUCGGAGAACGAACCAAAACGUAAAGACAACUAA